AUGCCCGCCAGACUCCUGAGCCCGGCCGGGGCCAGCCGGGGCUACAUCCCUGACGGGCACCGAGAGCUCGUGACAGAAGAAAAAAAAAACAGGGUGGGGUUUUGUCGUCUUUCAAGAGACCGUGUGCCGACACCAGAGAAGUCCAAGUCUGCUCACAUCACCAAAGAAGAGAAACAAAUCCUAAAGCGGAGACUCAAAGAGUUGAAGAGAAAACUCGACGACGACAUCAAAGAAGAACGAGGAUCCCUCAUUGAUCGUAUGAUCGCACUUCAGGAAGAUCUGGAGCAGAAGAUCGCAGAUCUAGAGAAAGAGCUGCAGUCGACGCGCAGACAGAAGGAGGCUUCGGAUUCACAAAGAGAUGAAGCAGUCAGGGACAAGCGGAUGACACUCCUACAGGUCGAUACGUUGGAGAAAGAGUUGAGGAAGCUGGGGUUUGAGAAAGACGAGCUACGCCGAGAGCGAGACAUGGCGUUCAGCGCGGAGGAGACAGCAAAGAGGGAGAAGCAGAGCUACGAUCGGGCAAGGGAAGCGGCGGUACGGGACAAAGACGACCUCAGGCGGGAGAGAGACGAAGCGCUGCGGUCAAAAGACCAGGCGUGGCAGGAGAACCGCGUGCUGGCUAACGCCCUCUCGGAGAGAGAUGUCGCCGUGGCGGAGCGAAACCGCGCCGUGAAGGAAAAGAACGAAGCUGUUGCCGAGAGGGAGAGAAUGCAAGCCGAGCUUAUCUCUGCAGCGAGAGAUCGUGACAUCUUCCUGAAAGAAAAAACAGCCGCACAAAAAGAGAAGGAGAGAUACAACUCCGUCAUGGUCAAGGCGCUGGCUGACAAGGAAGAGUCAGAAAGAACGCGCGACGAGUCCGUCAGCGAGAAAGUCCAGGCAGUGUCAGAGAGGAACAGGAUGGAAAAAGAAAUGACGGAAGCCAAGAAAGACCGAGACGCAGCUAUACGGGAGAUGAACAAGGCGAUCCGGGAAAGAGAAGAGGCCGUGUUGGAACGCCUUCGUGCAAUAGAACAGAGCAGAGCGCUGGAGAAGCAGAAUGAUGCCGCGCUAACUGCACUGGGAGGGUCCGGUAAUGCACUGGACACGCUCCAUAGGGACACACCGGACUCACAGUUAAGCUAAGGGAUCACUAAGUCUGUCAUAAUAGACUG